CCUAUUUGUAAGCUUCGACUGUUUUGCUGGUCCAGCAACGUGAGGACAUAAUUGCUGCGUUUGUUUCUUUCCUUGUAUCAUAAGCUAAAAAAUGUGAGUCGCACCUCUACGACCUAGUGCGGACUGGUUGUACUGUGCUUAUCUCUUUACAGCACCGGUGAAUCAAUUUUCUUCUGGUUUCACCAAAAUGUUGCGGCGUGCACCACAUGUAGCUCAUGUCUUUUGCGAUGUGGAACCACGGCCUGCACUAAAACUGCUCUCUAGUGAAAAGCAGGAUCUGCUCCUUCCUGGAGCCACCGGUCGUGGGGCAUGGAGAUGGGGCCGUAGAAGUAGCAGGACGGCGCUCUGUAUAGUACCAACACCUGCGUCGACCACCACCGCAAGUAGAUCGGUGCCGAGACUGACUACGACAAGAUUUCUUGCUUCAUCAAAACACGACCCCGGGACGGCGCCGUCGACUAGGCAACCUGAAGACUCAAAACAGAACCUCCAGAUGACGGCUGACGAAAGGAGCGCAUUCUACCGACAGGAGGCAGAGGAACGGAAAGGCAGCAGCCGGAUUUUCCGGGUGGAAGCGGCGAAGAAUCAGCGGAAAGUUUUGCCGGACGUGGUGCUCGCGAGACUGCAGCUCGAACGCCUGUGCCAGGAGGGAGAGCUGGCGCUGAUUCAGGAGGACGUGCGGGAACAGUACGUGACGCUGGAAAAGAUCGACUUGAUUUUGGAUUACGAGAAGAAAAGCGAUACUGGGGAGCAAGUUGAACACAUCAACUUUAUCACGACCAAGGAGGAAAAGCACGAGCUCCUUUAUCCUGUGCAAAAGUAUCGUACCAUACUAUGUAAAUUGCAUUACAAAUUCACUUAGCAUUACAAAUUAAAUUUGUAAUGCGGAUUUGCCUUGAAAGGGAGAUUUGUAAUGCAUAAACGCAAUCAAUACGAGUACGAUACUUUUGCAAUGCACAUCCUUGUCGGUCACGCGAUCAAGGCAGACAUGCUCUUGGAUUUUUACCGCACUAUCGCAAACGGUUCGAGCUCAUCUGUAGUACGUGAAAAAGCGGCGAAAUGUCACCGAUUGAUCGAGGAGUUGAAGAGAAUUAAAUGAAGAGUGAGAACAAAGGAAAUAACUUCAUAUGUGGUUUCGAUUGUGUCUGACGCAUCAUGUCAUGCCGUUCGGAAACAAGGCAGUGCAGGUGCAAAAAUCAUGUGUCAUAGUACUGGAUCCAAUCUUGAACGCCGGUUUGUGGGACUGGUGUGUUGAGCGUAGGUUGUUUACUUUUUAUCGUGUGAUGAAGAUAUUGGGUUUUUUUAUUUCUGGGUACAACUAGGCAACCAGGAUGCAAUAUUAGAGUACAUAUGUUGUGUCAUCUGGAGAGGACACCCGUUUGGUAUAAUUUCGCACGGGAAUAUUGUAAAACGAAGAUGUGGUUCUUCUUUUGGUCGUGUUUCUGCUCUGUGGUUCUGGUCACGUUCGCAACGGCCAGCACGAACGUCGUUACAAUAAAA